AUGGAAAAGGGGAACAAAAAAGGAGACGUAGACGAUUACAGUGUGAUGGAGAAGGACAUCUACAUUGAGAAGGUGAUUCUCUUUCAGCAGCGGGAUUGUUGUUCGAAGACUCAUAUCAACGUUCCGAUGUGCAAAAAGUUUCUUACGCGCAUUGUAGCUGCGAUGAACAAAGGCGACAUUUUCAAUGAAGAAGAGUCCACUGAAAUUUUCUUUGCAUUGACCAAACUGUUUACCUCACAAGACUUAACAUUACGAAGACUGUGUGACAAGAUCUCAUCAUUCCGAUGCAGCUCAUUAAGAUGUUUGAGUCGACUGAUGACACCACAAAUUGCACCGUCCAUUGAAAGAUUCUUUAAACAAACGUUAGUGGACUCCACAAUGACAGUACAAAUAGCUUCGUUAAUCUGCUGCUUGAAAUUGCCUCAAGAUAUCGUCCAAAAAUACCUCACGGAAACUUCAAGUUGUGUGGACUCUCCAAACGCACUUGUCCAAUACCACGCCACUCGUCUCUUCUUCUUCAUUAAACAACAAGACCCACACGCUUUACUCAGAUUUAUAACAACAAAAGCACCUUCGAUCACUUCGUCUUUUGCUCAAAUGGAGUUGAUUAGAAAGGCACUUUCUCUCUAUAUGCAGAACCCUACCAAGAAUGAAGCAAUGGUGAACUACAUUGUAAAUGUGACCCAAGGAUCGACGGACAUGAUUGUCAUUGAAUCCCUCCGCGCUUUGAUGAAAGCGAACCACACAAAAGGUCUUUCCAAAUUGGUACCUCGUCUUCAAAAACUGCUUUCUUCCACCUCGACCGUAACUAAGUUUGCAGCAGUCAGAAUCGUCUCGGAACUUGCGACAAAGAGUCCGGAAGUGAUUGCGAUACUUCGGAAUGAUAUUGAAAGCUUAUUGAAAGACUCCAACAGAGCGAUAGUCACAUUGGCGACAUCUGCUGCGCUUCGUAUUUCGACGGAGAAGAACAUCGAGAAGCUCUUGAAGAAGAUCGGGAAAUUCAUCCAAGGACUUCCUGAUGGGUUUAGAAUUCAAGUUCUCGACACCAUUGAACAGACUGCGGAGAAGUAUCCGAACAAGCACGAGUUCUUGAUGAAGUUUUUGGGGAACAUGUUACAAGUGAAAGGAGUCAUCUUUGAAAAUGCGGUGAUCACGGUGAUGGUGCACAUUGCCGAGAUAUCAAUUUCACUCAGAGAAAAGAUGUUACACGUGUUGGGAGACUUCAUUGAGGAUUGCCAAUAUUCACAAGUCAUCGAAAGAGUCAUUGGUAUAUUUGGAGAAGUUGGUCCGUUGUGUAAGGAGAGAGUGUCGUUACUCAGAACCAUCUUCAACAGAAUUGUUCUUGAAAACGCAAAUGUCAGAGCGGCGGGAGUUUCUGCUCUUUUCAAUUUCGCGAACAACAACGAGAACAUUGAAGAUGUCAAGGUGUUGAUGGAGAAGUGUAAGAAUGACGAGAACGAUGAAGUGAAGAACAGAGCCAAUUUCUAUUGUAAAGUACUUGAGGAGAAAAUAGUGAAGGAGGUCAAUGAAAAUGUCAUCGACGAAUUUCCAGUCGACAAUAUGGAAGAGGCUCUUGACAAGUAUUUGAAUGAAGGAAAGUUUGAUGAGGAGUUUGACAUCUCUACAGUGUCGAAGGAGACUAAAAUAGAAGCCCAGAAACGCGAAGAAGAGGAGGUGGUCAGUCGUAAUGAGAGCGAACUUGAAAGUCGCAACAAUGAACUGUUUGGUGAGCUUGGAAAGGUCAACAAGACUUGCAAUGAAAUUUUGGUGUCUGGCAUUGAUACCGAAUACCAAGUCUCUGUCACAAAAGUUGUGUAUGAGAAGCAUUUGGUUUUGAAGUGUAAUGUGAAGAACACACUUCCGGAUUACCAACUGGAGAACGUUGAAAUUAUACCUGGAACUAUGAAGAACUAUGAGGUUUUCAAAAGCGUCAAAGUUCCAAGAAUAGCACCACUUGGAGAGGAGUGCGUUGUGUUAAUUCUUCUUAUCAAAAGUGCGGGGGCUGAGAGUAUUAGUCUUAAAAUGAAUUACCAAUUGAGAGAAUACAAUUCAAUUAGUCAAGAGUUGGCUCAAGACACGAGUGAUGAAGAGUACCCACUGGACCAAAUUGCAAUCAAUGCGUCUGAUUAUAUUGGGGAAUAUCGAGUACCGGACUGGAACACAGAAUGGAACAAAAUUGUUGCUCAGAAUGAGAAGAAGGUGGUAAUCAAAUAUCAAAAUGUGGAGAGUAUUAAAGAAGCUGUUGAUCGUAUCAAAACACACUUUGGGUUGGGUGUUAUUGAUAAGAGUGACAUUGUCACUCCUGAAGAAAAGAAACACAUUUUGUUCUUGGCAGGGAUCAUGAAAGGAAAUGUCGUUCUCAUUAGAGUUAGACUGAUGAUAGACAAAACUGGACAAAUACCACUGGAAGUCUGUAUCAGAUCCCCAGACGCCGAAUUAGCAACAUCCCUUCACGCUUCACUUUAA